CACCUGGCAAUCGUUUCUUUCGCCUUCAAAAUCUUCUUGAAUAACGCGCCACGAAAAGAUUAAUAUAUGCAAUAUGUCGGACAUUUUUUGGUCGACGCAUUUUAUUGGAUCUGUUCAAAGGUAUACAGACGGUGUGUGUGAACGACCGAACGACGAGAUGAUGCGCGUUUUGCGGCUUUGACGGCGGUUGCUGUUCGCUGAACGAACGUAAGAAGAAAAGAGAAAGUAUGACAAGAGAGAACUGGAUAGAAAAAGGAUGGUAGAUCGGAUACGAGAAGACAACGAAGGGAAUAGUCAAUGCAGGGCCGUACGAGAGAAUAGAAUAAAAAUGAAGUGGAAGAAAAAUAAAAGGGAUAGGAAAAAGGAGGAGAUUCGAAAGAAGGAAGGUUCUUGAGAUCAAAACGUUCGUGAGAAAAGGUUACUCAGAUCUUCCCCUCCGCAUAGCAAGUACAUACACGGCAGCGAGCCUUCGCAUUUUCUUUGCACGUGAUAUUAUGAACAAUGCGUUUUCUCACGAUAAUCAGCUCAUAGAUUUGCCGUUUAGCGCUUUACCACGCUACAGAAGAUAUAUACGUGCAAGAUGCACCAAGUCCCUUGUCGACCUUGUUUCCUGUCUCUGCAUCAACAUUGUAUAAGGUAAUUUCGUUAUCCUCAUAGAGCCAUGAAUUGCAUCAAAUAACAUUUCCUUUAAACAUUUUUCUGUGCAAUUCCUUUUACUUUUUAUUAACUUGGUUCAGAAGAACGUUAUGAAUUUGUAAGACUUUCUCUAUGAUAUCGAAGAGGAAAAUCGUUGAAAAUGAUAGAUAUAAACAUAUUAUUAAUAGUAAAUAAGACAUAACGUAAUAAUUGUAUUUCUUAAAUGAAAGAUACAAUGAAAAGGGUAAAGGAGUCGAAGGUCCGCCGUAUCUACGUACAGUCCUGUGCGAAGAGUGGGGUAGCGCGCUCAGUGGCAAAGAGUGGGGAUUUCGAGGGUGCCGCUUGGUACUGUUGGUGCGCGCUGGAGCAGUGUCAGUCGGGAUGUGCGACGAGGAGGGUUUCGCGAAUAUUUGCUCUGUCCCCGCUCGUUUCUUCUCUAUCUCUUCUCCCUCGUUAAUUCGACUGAUCACGUCGAUUCUAUUCCUCUUGGUCGUUCGACCUUCGAUCAAGAGAGAAAGAUAAAGAAAGGAAAAAGGGAAAAGAAAGGAAUACUUAUCGUCGAGGGCAGACGAGACGCUCGAUACGUCGUGUCUCUUCGGCGCGCGGCUUGCCGACGACGAGACGACAAGAAGCGCCCUUUAUCGAGCGAUCUUUUCUCUCGCGUGCACGUGUCCUGAAACAAGGGAAAGGAGAGGAGACGUAAAGAGGAAGGAAAAAAGUCUCGACUCUCGACGAAGGAAGAGGAAAGAAGAACAAUAAAAAAAGAAGACUUCGAAUGUAGGGAUAGAGGGCUGGAGGGUUUCGCGAAAAAUGCCAGCGGCUCACGAGGCGAGUAAACGUGCAGAGUUUGAAGCGGACGAGGAAGAAGGUGCAGGAGGAGAACGACUACGAGAGGAGAAGAGGCAGCAGGAGCAGAACCGGGGCCAUCGGCCCUCGGGGUGCACCACCUCUUCUUAACGCUGCGGUGUACCUGCGAACGAAGCAACGUGCACGUAUGAGCCUAUGAUCAUAAAUUUGUUGCGCUUCGUUCUCAUCCUUAGCUAAGGGCACUAGCGAGAAGUACGGAGAUUUUACAGAUUGAUAAUAAUAAAGAAAGAGUGCAAGGAGUUUGUAAGUGUGAAUGCGAUCGAACACAAUGUAACUGUUCCAUUUACACUUCGUUCAUCUUGAUUGUGUUUAAACUUUGGAAGCACCGAUAGCAAGAGUACUAUAGUGCCUCUUAUCUUUCUUAUUAUCGUUGAUACGAUCCUAGGUGGCAACAGAAUCGUUGUUUGUUGUUAUUUGUUGUUGUUAUUGUUAUUAUUGUGAAAGAAAGAGAGAGAGAGAGAGAGAGAGAGAGAGAGAGAGAGAGAGAGAGAGAGAUGCCAGCAUUACCGAGUACGAUCGAGUCGCGGCACGUCAACGACAUGACGCCACCUCCGAUGAUUGCUUCCUCACCGUCUUCCUCAACAUCCUCUUCAGCAUCGUCCUCGACGUCGUCACCACCAGCACCAAGAAUGACAAGUCCUCCGAAUGUUACUACGCCGACGUGUUAUCUCCCGGAAUCGAGAUUGAUCUCUAGAUCAAUUAUUUCUACUAGAUAUCCAGAAGAAAUUGAGGAAACCGCGAGAAGUAAUUCAGGGUCGACAGGUAGCACUGGUAGCAGUAAGUCUGCCGAUGCUAGACCAAGACAAAAUCUUUCGAAAAGCUCCGCUUCUUUGCGGAGUCUCGUUCGAAGAAAGAGUCGACGGCAAACUGGUGGUGGUACUACCGUAAUUGGGGGAUCUUCUAUUAUCGAGUCCAACAAUGAUUCACGACAUUCUCGUCAUCAAGGUUCUGAAGAUGGACUUCAUCGAAGACGAGAAAGUACAGGAGGAGAAGAAGAGACAACGAUGUACACGAGUGGAAGGUCCUCUGCUCGAAGAGCUUCUUCUGUAGUUAAAGGAACAACGGUAGCAGGAGUAGUUGGAGGCCAGGAUAACAACAAUAUUGGCCAAGAUGCUUCCUCAUCCAUUAGCAACGUUGUCUUCGUUGCUCCCACUGUGGUCUCAAAUGCCAACAGGUUCGUUCGAACCACCUCAUCGUCUCUCGUACGUGCAACCAGCGUGCCUACCACUCCUGGACCAUCGACUUCAAACUCGUCCUCGCAUUGGAACAACUCGAGCGAACAGGAGACCGAUUACGUUGUCGAUCCUGUUCAAGGGAAAGCAUACUACAAGGGACAAUUUCUUGGAAGAGGUGGCUUUGCUCGGGUCUACCUGAUGACCGACGUCAGUGAUGGAAAUCAAUACGCUUGCAAGAUAAUCCCGAAAAAUCGGAUGCAGAAAAUCCACAUGCAAAAGAUUGCACGCGAGAUCAUAAUCCAUAAAGAAUUGAAUCAUGUGAACGUUGUACAGAUGCAUCAUUACUUCGAGGACAACCUAAACGUAUAUAUGCUGUUGGAAGCCUGUCCGCGAAAGAGCCUAAUGCACGUAUUGAAGUACCGUGGUAAAGUCACGGAGCCGGAAGCACGGUAUUACAUGAAACAAAUGGUGACCGGUGUGGCGUAUAUCCACUCGCAGAAGGUCGUCCAUCGCGAUCUGAAGCCAGGCAACAUGUUCCUUUCGGAUCGCAUGAUCGUCAAAAUUGGAGACUUUGGCUUGGCGACAAGACCCGAUGGUCAACGUAGACGUGUGACCAUAUGUGGUACACCAAAUUAUAUUGCACCGGAAGUUUUGUAUAAACAAGCAUACAGCUAUGAGGCGGAUGUUUGGGCAUUGGGUUGCAUCCUUUAUGCAUUGCUAGUCGGGCAGCCACCCUUCGACACGGCGACAUUAAAGGAAACCUACGCGAGGAUAUGUAAAAAUGAUUAUCGCGAGGUCGACGACUCGAUAGCAAGUCGGAGCGGUCAGAAUCUCAUAAACUGGUUGCUACAACCGGAUCCAGAGUUGCGACCGUCCUCGGAAAGGGUGAAGGAGCACCCGUAUCUCACGAAGGAAUACAUACCACCUUCUUUACCCCACACUUGUUGCUACCAAAUGCCGCACGCAACGAUACUCGAACCGGCUUCUUCGUCGCCUUCUUCGGUCUCAACUGCUUCCAGAAAUCAGGAACUUGGAAAAGCUCAGGCUUGGCAAAGCUUAGACCAUCCAGAUAUUUCUCCACGUUCUCAACAACGAGCAACAAUGCCAAAUACACAGCAACCAGCGCAAAAUCAACAAUUGCUUGAACGAUCUCAAAAGAAUAUACAAAAAGAUUCGAAGGUAUCCAAUUGGUUGGUACGAAAAUUACCAAAAUUGCCAAGAUUCAAGCAACGACUUAGUAGCGUACUCUGUCCCGAUCAUAAGAAAACUAGUCUCCUUGCGCAAAGUGUUCAGAUGCAUCGUGCAUUGGAGAGUUGUGUUUCUGAGAUGAAACGUAACAAUCUGCAACAGAAUCCCCCAGGGGUCGAAGAUAUCGUGCCUCUUUUUGUUACCAAGUGGAUAGACUACUCCAACAAAUACGGCUUAGGUUUCCAACUCUCAGACAAAUCCGUUGGUGUAUUGUUCAAUGACAACACGAAGAUCAGUUAUACUCAUGACAGGAGAAGAGUCGAAUACAUGACGAUCGACGACGAAGUGACGAGAUAUCACAGAGAAAGGGAUAUACCGGUGCCUUUACAGAAAAAGCUCGAGUUGCUCCAUCACUUUACUCAAUACAUGGACGAAUUUUUAACAGAAGGAGGUGAAAUCAAGAAAUAUCGGACAACGGUGAAACAGUCGAAGAACGCGUACGUUCCACGUAUGAGACGGUGGCUUAGAACAGACAAGGCGAUCGUAAUGGAAUUAACGGUGCCAUUGCUCCAAGUAAACUUUUUCGUUGACCAUACGAAAAUAAUAGUAUCUCAGGAAACUGGCAAAGGAUAUCUCAUCACCUACAUCGACACCGGUAGACACGUUUCAUCUUACUGGUUAAACGAUCUUCGUGAUUUCGGCUGUACUGCUGAUCUCUAUGAACGACUUUAUUACGUUUGCAAGGUGACUCGAGAAUUUGCAGAGUUAGACAACAAUACGAUCGCCUGACCGAGUCGUGUUCUUCGACGGCGUUCUUCGCAGAACGUGAGCCUCGUGAAAAGAACGAAACUAGGUCGGUUGACCUGAAAAAGAAAAGUCAAAAUAUUUUCUUUUUUAAAUCACCGAGUUCGAAUUUGAUUAGAUUUUUAGAAUCACGAACUCCUGAAAAAAAUCGAUAUUUUCCAUUUGUCAUAGACUGCAUCGGUUAGAAAGAAUCGAUGAGAAAAGCCUUAAUCCUUUUGUUCAUCGACAUUUGUACAUUCGAUAGAAAUUUACGGUCUUAGAUAGUUUAGAUUUAAGUCAUUCGAUAAUUGUAAUAUUAGGAAUGAAACGUGUCUUUCUAUUAUUAUUUAGCCGAACGAGAAUGCUUCGAGAUAUGCUCCAACGAUGCUCGCAUACCUUACAAGUAAUCAUAGAUCUCAUAGAUCUCAUAGAUCUCUAUUUUGUCCCUGAAAGAUUAAGAAUUGGUCAUCAAAAUUAUAUAUAUAUAUAUAUUUAUUUAUAUUUAUAUUUAUAGUAUAUCGUUUUUAUUUUAAAUAUAUCAAUCCCUCAUGAAUAUUAAAUCGUCUUAAUUAUUAUUACAGAAAAAAUAUUAUAUAUUCAACAUUACAUAUUUAUGUUUUUUGUAACAACUGAGGUAUGAUAGCAUCGUUCAUAAAAUGCAUAUAUGUAUUUAUGUAUGCACAUUCCUCAUAUAUAGAUAUAUACAUACAUACAUAUAUACAUACAUGCAUACAUAUAUACAUCCAUGCAUACACAUAUACAUACAUACAUACAUAUAUAAGUACGUAUAUUCGUUUGACAAACUUUUCAUCGGCUUUUUAUACGUCUCAUCGUUGGUAUUCGAAAAUCCUACUUUAGAAUCAGCGGCGGCUCUAGUGCCAAAGGGAUCUAAAGAUUCUUAAAGUUAAUAAUCCUAGUCACUCUCAUAUUUUUUUGUUUCGGUUUUUUCUUCAUUUCCUUUUUUCCUUUUAUUCGUCUUGUUUUCUUGUAGGAAUAAGAACGACGGAUGUCACUGCCAUCGUUAUAUGCCGCGAUAGCAAUCAUGCUAUCCGCUUUACAGGCUGUUACAUUAAUUAUAAUUAUUAUUUAUUUCGUAUCAUCAUUAUUAUUCUCAUUGUAUUAGUUAUUGCAUUGUGUAUAUGUUACGUUUGAUCAUUAUCAUUAUCGAUAUAUUACUGCCUAGAGAGGCGAAGAAGAAAAAGAAACAUAUUUUCGAAUAUGUACGUUCAAGUAUAUAACUUUUCCGUUGAAUUUUGUUUAUCCUAUCCUCAUUAGCAAAGACAGAGGAUAUAAAUGAUCCUUAUGCUGAUUAAGUCUCUUUAGUACGUUGUUGGACGUCGUGGAAGAAGGAACAUUAUUUGUUUUAUAUUUUCCUUUUUUCUCUUAAUACAUUUCAAUUAUAUAUUAUACAGAUAGCAUGGUAUCAUAAUAUAUCGAUAAAAUUGGAUGCUCGUUAUUCUAAUUAUUGUUCUGUGUACGUUAAUCUUGCUAAUUACCGUAAUCGUAAUCAUCGAUUAUUAAUAUUACACAUUAUUACUAUGGAGAUUAUUACUAUACUCGUCAUUAUUAUUGCUACAGUUGCAAUUGUAAUAAUAAUUAUUAUUAUCAUCAUUAUCAUCAUCAUCAUUUUCUUCAUCAUCAUCAUUAUCAUCAUCAUCGUCAUUAUCAUCAUCAACAUUAUUAUUAUUAUUAUUAUUAUUAUUAUUAUUAUUAUUAUUAUUAUUAUUAUUAUUAUUAUUAUUGUUAAUGAUAUCACUAUAGUUACUCCUAUUGUUAGUACAAUUAUUAUCGUUACGAUGCCAAUAUCUUUUAUCAUCGGCAAGCUUGAGAGUAGAAAUAUUUUCGAUGGUAUUACAACGUGGUGCAGCAAUCGUUUGAUGUAAAUUGUAAAGCAGUGAUAUUAACUAUACUAUACAUUUAUUUUUUAUUAAGACAUAUCUCUCUUUUUCUAUUCAGGUUACUCGUGUGUCGUAACGUCAGAAGACGAUCAUCGACGCGUAGGAAUGUUUAGGAUCUCAAAUUCGUUAGCCUUUUUUACACUCUCGUUUAGUGAUAUAAAGAACAUAAAGAUAAAUAGAUAUAUUCAUAGCUUCCGCUAUAGCAAUAAAAAUAAUAGAGUCAUAAACGAGCGUUGUGGAAAAAGUGGCUAAACGAAAAAAGAGGAAAUCUUUAAUAAAAUUGCAUUUUUGAUAAAGCACACGAAGUAUAUUGGGAUAUAAAUUCUCUCGUCUCUUUUAUUUAUUUCUUUACUUUUUCUUUUGAGAACUUACUUACAGAGGUAUCAACGAUUUUAUGCGCUUUUUUCAGUAAAAUCAACUUUUUGAAAGAGUUUGUGCGUGUUUCUAAUAAUAUCGAAAAGAGAAGCGCAUAUAAAACCAAAAAAAAGGAAAA